CUUCCCCAUUAAUGAUUGAUUAAGAAUUUAAGAACCUCUGUUUUGCUGGAUUCUGAUUCUGUUUUCCAUCAGAUGGCGCACCAUUCGAUUAAUCGGUCAACAUGCUUUCAAUUUCUACUACUGAUACUAGUAGCUUCGUCCCUCCAAAGUUCACAAGCCUUAAAAUCCGCCGAAUUUCUGUCUCCGGCGUUUGAGCUCGAACCUGGUUCCGUUAUCAACAAAUUCUACAACGGAAUCGAUUUUCCGACCGGUCAUAUCGCGGUUAAAGCUUUCGAUGCCGAAGUCAUAGACGAGGAAGGUAACCCAGUCCCACUUCACGAAACGUAUCUUCAUCACUGGAUUGUGGCUAGAUACUAUCAACGUAAAGGCGUCGAUAUUAAAUUAGGGUUUCAAGGAUCAGAUUAUGUGUUAGUUAAAAACUCUGGUUUAUGCCAAAACACGCUUAGUCAAUACUAUGGGCUGGGAUCUGAAACGCGGAAGACACCGACUGAUGUUCCUGAUCCUUACGGAGUAGAGGUUGGAAAUCCUGAGGAAAUUCCGGAAGGUUAUGAGGAGAAAUGGGUGAUGAAUGUUCAUGCGAUUGAUACUCGUGGGGCUGAAGAUGGGUUUGGAUGUGCUGAGUGUAGGUGCGAUUUGUAUAACGUGACGAUUGAUGAAUAUGGGAGGGCUAUUAGGCCUGGUUAUGUUGGUGGGUUGUUGUGUUGUUAUGAUGAGAUGAAAUGCAGGUUGAAGAAUGGGUUUCGUGGUGUUAAGAGGAAGUUGUUUAUGAAGUAUACUGUUAAAUGGGUUGAUUUUGAUGAAUCUGUUGUACCUGUUAAGGUUUAUUUACUUGAUGUGACUGAUCUUUGGAAGAAGAAGAUGGAUGAUCCUAAUGGAGAGGGUACUAGACAUCUUUGCCUUGUGGAGUACGAUGUUAAGUCUUGCGCGAAUAAUGUUGUUGAUGGCGAUUGCACUGACACGAAGAGAGUCAGUCUCCGGAUGCCAACUGGAGGAGAAGUCAUCUAUGCCGUUGCCCAUCAACACACGGGAGGAAUCGGUUCAACUCUCUUCGGCGAGGUAAUGAACAAACUUAUUUGACUUGAAAAAAAGAGUUAUAAAAUAAAUGAACACAUUGAUCAUGGGUUGUUUCAUAUUUGUUUUGUUGGCUAUAUAUAUAUAUGUAGGAUGGGCGAGUCAUAUGCUCAUCGAAACCGACUUAUGGAAAAGGUAAGGAAGUUGGAGAUGAAAAAGGUUACAUAGUUGGAAUGUCGACAUGUUACCCUGAUCCUGGUUCAGUCAAGAUAUCUGAUGGGGAGAUUCUAGUCUUUGAAUCUAACUAUAGCAGUACAAGGAGGCAUACUGGAGUUAUGGGUCUAUUCUAUCUUCUUGUUGCAGAUCAUGGAUCAUCAUCAUCAUUGUCCACAAACUUAAUCCAUGAUUCAAAUGAUCAGAAGCAUGAGAAGGCGGGCUUAUUUGUUGCUGUUUGGGGUGUGGUGUUUCUCGGAGCUGUGAUAGCCAUGGCGGUGGUGGUUACUUACAGGCGAAGGGAGGCAAGAGAGGAUGGGUAUCAGUCAAUUGUGAUAUAAG